AUGGGGAGGAAAAAGAUUCAGAUCACGCGGAUUAUGGAUGAACGCAACAGACAGGUGACAUUUACGAAGAGAAAGUUUGGCUUGAUGAAGAAGGCGUAUGAGCUCAGUGUGCUGUGUGACUGUGAGAUCGCCCUGAUCAUCUUCAAUAGCACCAACAAGCUGUUCCAGUACGCCAGCACAGACAUGGACAAGGUCCUGCUCAAAUACACAGAGUACAACGAGCCACACGAGAGCCGGACCAACUCUGACAUUGUGGAGACUUUGAGAAAGAAGGGCCUAAAUGGCUGUGACAGCCCAGACCCCGACGCAGACGACUCGGUCGGCCACAGCCCCGAGUCUGAGGACAAGUACAGGAAAAUAAACGACGACAUAGAUCUGAUGAUCAGCAGACAGAGACUGUGUGCUUUGAACAAGAAGGAGAACAAAGGUGGUGAGAGCCCGGAGCUCGAGCCCGCGCUCAUGCUCACUCCACGCACUGAGGAGAAAUAUAAACAGAUAAACGAGGAGUUUGAUCACAUGAUUAAAAGCCAUAAGAUACCUGCUGUGCCCCCAUCCAACUAUGACAUGCCGGUGUCCAUUCCUGUAAGCAACCAGAACAAUCUCAUCUACAGCCACCCUGGAGGUUCCCUAGGAAACCACAACCUGCUGCCCAUGACACACCAUGGACUCCAGAGAAACAGCAUGUCCCCCGGAGUGACCCACAGACCUCCCAGCGCAGGAGGCCUCAUGAGUGCUGACCUCUCCACUGGUGCAGGGACCAGUGCUGGGAAUGGAUAUGGUAACCAUCGCAACUCACCCGGUCUGCUGGUCUCACCGGGUGGGAUGAGCAAGAGCAUGCAAACCAAGUCUCCUCCGCCUAUGAACCUCGGCAUGAACAACCGCAAACCUGACCUCCGAGUGCUGAUACCUCCUGGCGCCAAGAACAACAUGCCCUCUAUUAAUCAAAGAAUAAACAACUCUCAGUCUGCCCAGUCAUUGGCCACUCCUGUUGUGUCAGUAGCCACUCCCACCCUACCAGGCCAAGGCAUGGGUGGCUACCCUUCAGCCAUCUCCACUUCAUAUGGUACUGAGUAUUCUCUGAAUAGUGCCGACUUGUCCUCGUUGUCCGGCUUUAACAGCGGCAGCUCCCUCCAUUUGGGAUCCAUGAGCGGGUGGCAACAGCAGCAUCUCCAGAACAUGCAGCACUCAGCUCUCAAUCAGCUGGGAAACUGCUCUAGCUCUCACUUAUGUCAGGGUUCAAAUCUGUCCCUGCCCUCUGGUCAAAGCCUGCACAUCAAGUCCGAACCUGUUUCUCCUCCUAGAGAUCGCACCAGCAGCACCCCUGGGGGUUACGGUGGCGGGGUGCUCCCCCAGAACCCGUCGGGCCGCCAGGACUCAGGGCGCUCCCCUGUUGAUAGCCUGAGCAGUUGUAGCAGCUCCCAUGAAGGUAGUGACCGCGAUGAGCACAGGAACGAGUUCCAUUCACCUCUGGGACUGGGCAGGCCCCUGGACGAGCGCGAGAGCCCAUCCAUCAAACGGGUGCGCCUCUCAGAAGGAUGGGCCACAUGA